AUGCCAAAUUCACUGAACAAAGUGUCCAGCGAGGUGUCAGUGCGACAAGGAGCUGUUGAGAACUCCCCAUCACUGAGCCUACCAUCUGCAUUCUGCAGUGCCGAUCCUACCACCGACAGAGGCAAACGCAUCCAGCUUGUAAGGAUGUUGACCGUCAUCUUCAUCCCCAUCGCCGGUGUCAUUGUCUUUUCCUCAAUUCUACUGACCACGGCCAUAUCCGCGCAGAUCGUGCUGAAUGACGUGGAGCGCCAGGUCAAAGCCUGUCAUAUUGUCGGUGACGUCAUAGAUGCUGUGCAGCUCGAGCGCGCCAAAGUCACGUACUUGUUCGAGACCACGCGUAUCUCGCACCAGGUAGUUACGGAGGCCCACUUGGCGGACAGUUUUGGACACACAGAUAAGGCGGUGGCAGUGAUAAGCGACUGGUCGGCAUGUGGAGGAAUAGAUACUGAUCUCCAGGAAAGCUUAGUGUUCUUCCGGGAAGAUCUACUCAGCAGUCCUGACAGAUCACACAAAGAAAAUGACGCGUUUCUGGACUUUUAUACGGAAAUGAACAGCGGUUUCGUUAACAACAUCUCUAACGCCAUAAAAUCGACAGACAGUGGCUCUCUCUGGAAUUUAUUGCUCUCCUACACCAUGCUCCUUCGCGCUAAGGAGCAUCUGGGCAUCAAUAUACAUCUAGGUAUCGAGUUCUAUGUGGCAGGAGAAACCCACGAAGAGGACGUGGUGGAAUACAUAUCCAACAUGGCGUUGGGUCAGGAUCAUCUACGGACGUUCGAGCAGUACUCAGACACUAUCAAAUACGUAUACAGUGAAAUGUUUGAAAACAAUAAAAACCUAACCUCUACAUUUAAUGGUUACGACAAAUCCAUCUUGGCAAACAACAUUGACAGUUCGCUGCAAGCUCUAAACGAGUACUACAACGUCACACAAAAAUACUUGCUGUUUUUGCAAGACGUGAAACAGGCCAUAAAUGCAGAGAUCCUCAACCGCGUGGCGAGUGACUUGAAUCGUGCCGAUACCCAGGUUGUCACGUCCGUGGUAAUCUUCGUUAUUGUCGCUCUCGUCUCUGCUGUCCUCGUUUUCCUCAUUCGAAACCUUACGAAGGAAUUGCAAAACUAUGCCCAAGAUGCCGCAAGCAAAUCCAGUGAGUUAGCAGACGAGAAAGCUAAGGCGGAUCAACUGCUGUUCCAGAUGCUUCCCAAGCAGGUCGCUCUACAGCUGAAGAGGAACGAAAAAGUGAACGCCGAGUACUUCGACAGCGUGUCCAUCUACUUCAGCGACAUCGUCGGCUUCACCAGCAUCUCGGCUCAAAGCUCUCCAAUGGAAGUCGUGGAGUUCCUCAACAGUCUCUACCAGUUUUUUGACGACUGCAUAGACUUAUACGAUGUGUACAAGGUGGAGACUAUCGGAGACGCGUACAUGGUUGCGAGCGGGUUACCUCAACGAAAUGGAAACCGACACGCUGAGGAAAUCGCGCUGCUCUCUUUGGCCUUACUGGAGGGUAUUAAGACGUACACAAUUCCUCACAUGCCAGACCGAAGUCUGAAGUUACGAAUAGGAAUUCAUACAGGACCAUGUGUGGCCGGAGUAGUGGGGAACAAGAUGCCACGGUACUGUUUGUUUGGCGAUACCGUUAACACUGCCUCGCGUAUGGAAUCCAACGGAGAACCCCUGAAGAUCCAUAUAAGUCGGUAUACAAGGGAUGUUCUUCACGAGCAAGGGGGAUUCCAGUUGGACAUGCGCGGAACGAUGGAAAUCAAGGGCAAAGGACAGAUGGAGACCUACUGGAUAACAGGACAACAAGGGUCCUGUUCCACAAAGACGAUAACAGGACAAGAAGGAACCCGUUCUACAAACAAGAUAUCAGGAUAG